AAACAAUAAAAAGUUAACAACUCUUGUUUUACAGUGAUUUCCCGUGAGAUACGUAUUUUGACAACUUAAUCGCAGUACAAGUAUAAUUUUACGUUACAUUGAUAUUUUUUAUUUUUUUGAGAGCGGAACGGCUUGUUUCGCAUUGUAUUGGGGACCGGAAACAAAGCUGGUAAACAGACGCGUCGUUGGAAACGGGUGUACGUUUACGGCAUAAAAAAUGUUCAAGAAUACGUUUCAAAGCGGGUUUUUAUCUAUAUUGUACAGCAUCGGCAGCAAACCGCUUCAAAUAUGGGACAAAAAAGUGAGAAACGGUCACAUCAAGAGAGUAGCUGAUAAUGACAUUCAUUCAAAUGUGCUGGAGAUUGAAGGAGCAAAUGUCAGCACCACCUAUAUAACAUGUCCGGCUGAUCCCAAGAAGACUCUCGGGAUCAAGCUUCCCUUUUUGGUGAUGAUUAUUAAGAACCUAAAGAAGUACUUCACCUUUGAAGUCCAGGUGCUGGACGAUAAAAAUGUAAGGCGACGGUUUCGAGCAAGCAACUAUCAGAGCACAACGCGAGUGAAGCCGUUUAUCUGCACCAUGCCCAUGAGGCUCGACGACGGCUGGAAUCAGAUUCAGUUCAACCUGUCGGACUUCACCAGGAGAGCAUAUGGGACCAAUUACACCGAGACGCUGCGAGUACAGAUUCAUGCAAACUGUCGCAUCAGGAGGGUUUAUUUUUCUGACAGACUCUACUCUGAGGAUGAGCUUCCUGCAGAGUUUAAACUCUAUCUGCCUGUCCAGAACCAGAAGGCCAAGCAGUAGAUCCUGCUCAGCUGUGCCGUGGCCCAGGUGUUGGUGGGGAGAUUUAUUUUGUGUAGAUUCGAUUGGAAAUAUUGUGUAUUGAGUGUGCUGUUGUGUUGCUGUCUAUAAUAAAGCUUUUUAUGGGA